AUGUCAGCCCUCAACCAAGAACAAAUAAAAGUCCUGGAACAAUCCCGCCAACGCCUCGUCCAACUGACUCGCUCCCUGGGCUCCCUAAUCGCAAGCCUAAACCAAAGCGACCCUCUCCCGCAAUGGUCCUCCCUCCAAUCCCAAGCAAGCAUCAUCUCCAAUAACCUCAUCAGCGUCUCCGAACACCUCUCCGACCACCGCGACCUCCUCUCAACACUAGUAGCCUACCCAGGCCCCGAGUACCCAGGCCGCACGCAAGCAAACACCCUCGAGCAACUCCUCCGCACAAAACUCGAUCCCCGCGUCGAAGACUGGGUUGCGCGCGGCCGGAUCGCAGGUUCAGAUCCCGCGCAAGGGUCAGGGCCAGGCCUGGCCCUGACAGCAUCCGCGGAUGGGAGCAAACCGCUUAGCGAGGCGGAACUGAGCGAGCUUUGGGAGUGGGCGCCGUUUGAAGCGAAUCAGGAAGCGCGGCGCAGGAACUGGGGAGGGAAUUUCACGCUUGAGGAGCGCGAGGGGCCAGGGGGUAUUCGGGAGGUUGUUACGGGGUUGAAGAGGGAGUUGGAGGACGAUGAGGGGGAGUCGGAUGAGGAGGACGAGGAUGAGGAAGGGGAGGAUGAGAUGGAGGUUGUGGGGGUUCAUCGGAAGUCUGGGGGUGGGUCUGGGUUGGAGUUUGAUAUUGCGGUUCAUCAUGCACAUGCUGUUGAGCCCGUGGUGCCUCUUGGGGAUAUCUUGAGAUACAUGACUACUGGGCGGAUGCCGUAG